AUGGGAACUUGCCUCUCGCAACAUGAAGUGGAGCGAAUGCCAUCGCUGCAGGAGGAUUUGAAGAAACAGGUCAGCAAGCAGGCUAGCACGAAGGCUAGCACGUCUGCUGGCAAGCAAAAUAGCAAGAAGGCAGGUGCUCCCGGCAACUCCUUGAGUGACGUGCCGUCGCCCGAGCGAAAUGAGGAAUACUCCGUUGGUGAAGCCUUAGGCGAGGGAGCCUUUGGCGUUGUCUACGCUUGUACUCACCGAUCCAGCGGCUCCGAGGUUGCUGUGAAGAUGGUGGACAAGGUAGAGACGCCUGCAGAGGUCAUUCGCCGUGAAGCCGAGUUGAUGCAGACGCUCUCCCACGAGAACAUCGUUCGCUUCCACGCGGUCUUUAGCGAAAGGUGUUUUGUGUGCAUUGUUAUGGACAAGUACUCGGGAGGAGACUUGGUCGAUGGAAUGCAAGCGCAUUUGAAGGAGCGCGGCAAGAUCAACGCACGGGAUAUUGUUCACGUGAGCUACCAGAUGGUGGCAUCCAUCCAGUACCUCCACGGCAAACACAUCGUGCACCGGGACAUCAAGGGCGACAACUUUUUGCUCAGCGUCCUGGACUUUAGAGAUUUACAGUGCCGCGUUGCGUUGAGUGACUUUGGUACAGCGGAGCUGCUGCGCGACGGUCGUCGCUUGAGCUCCGAGGUCGGCACCAGGAUUUUCUGGGCGCCGGAGAUUUUUGCGAAGGACUAUGGCCUUAAGGUUGACAUUUGGGCCCUGGGCAUCAUCAUGUACGGCCUGUUGGAUGGGCGAUUUCCGUUCAAGGAUGAGAAUUGCAUCAAGACGAAGGAGCCCAAGUUCCCUAAGAGGCACAUGGGGUUAGAGCCUCUUUGCCAAGACUUCAUCAGCAUCAUGCUGCAUAAAGAUGAACUACAGCGAGCUUCCGCUGAUGAGAUCAUGGCAGAGUUCAUGGUUGGCUUCAUCAAACUGACGAUGGCAUCACCCCCAAACAGAGGAGCGACUCAAAAGAAGGUGCGAGACGCGGCGAGACGCACUCAUGGCCAGCAUGGCCAGCGGGCCAUGGUCGUGACAGAACGACGUCGUGAGCUUGUGGAACGGCUGAGCAAUGAGCACGGCCAGAAACCCACAACGCUGGGCUUUAUGCACUGUGCGAGUCUCACAGAGUUCUCUGUGCCCGAUCGGCGUUUACCUGGCGCCAUGUGGCAGUAUCAAUGGUGGGAUCGCAGCGAGGAGCUGCGGGGGAUCUGCGGGGGAUCAGUGGGAUCAAUCUGGGUAAAUUAG